UGCACGGGCAACGGCCACGAGCGCUGGUACCGAAGCCCUGGACCCUCACGUCCGCCGAGCAAGGUACAAUGCUGCGUGCAGGCUGACGUUCCAGGGAUUUCGUCUUUCACAGCGUCCAACCUGGCACCGCUCGAGCACCGCGGUGGAUGAUGCUGAUGAACUUGAGGCGACAGUGAUGUUCCAAAGAAAGCGUCUGCGAUGUCGGACCAUGGAACAGCCGCAAGUGCAAGUACGCCGCGUGCUUCGUCGGCAGCUGCCCCAGCCAGUGCCUGUCGGUCAACCAACUCUCUUCGAACCUGCGCUACCACUGGAGCAUACUGAGCCAUCGCCGGGUGAACCACGACAUGUCGGCAUGAGCAGCCCGGACAACGGCUACUUCUUCCUCGCGGAGCGUCCUAUAUGGAACGAAUUUCCGUCGUUCAUCAACAUCGAGCUACGCGAAGUCCGUCCUGGAGAGCUGGCAAUGGCGUGUCUGCGCAGUCGCCUGGUUUCCGACGUGUCCAACAUGCAACACCGGUACUUGUUCGGGCUGGUCCACUGGUUGCUCAUGAAGCACUGCUGCAUCAAGUUCGUGGAACCGAGCGAGUCGCACGUCACCCACAAUCACUUCCUCUUGCUGCGCGACUUCUGGCUGAGCCGCAACCUGGGCAACGUCAAGCUCAGCAGCUACCGCUCGGACGACUACCUCCCCAGGGGCCUCUUCGACGGGCUCCGCUCCGCGGUCACCACGCUCGACACGCUGGAGCUCAUGAGCAUGCGCUUCUUCGGCUUGCAAAUGCUGUGCGAGAUGCUCGGCAGGCGCAGAAGCAGCGACCUUCUGCGCGAGUACGCCGCAUACCUGCUCGGCAGAUGGCCCAUCCUAUGCCUGCCGGUCAACCAGCUCUUUUGGAACCUGCGCUACCUGCGAAGCAUCCUGAGCCAUCGCCGGGUGAACCACGACGACUGCCGCACGGCCAGCGAGGCCAACGUCUGCUUCCUUCUCGUGGAGCUCUCCCUGUGGAAUGAACUCCUGAGGGUCAACUUUGAGCUACGCGCAGUCAGUGCAGCACGGCUGGUCUUAACCUGUCCGAACGGACGCGUGGUUUCCACGUUUUCCAACAGGCAGCGCAGGAACUCGUUCGUGGGAGUGCACAUGGUGCUCACGGAGCAGUGCACCAACAACUUCUUGGAGUUAUGCGAGCCACGCAUCUCGCAAAACCACUUUCUGUUCCGGGACGGCCUCCACAUAAGCCGCUACAUGUGGUACAUCAACUUGCCCGGGUACCUCGCCGAAACGCUCUACCAAUCGGUGACGACUCAUGACAGGCUGGAUGGGAUGCACAUGGCUUCUCGAAUCUCGGCGUGCAGACACUGUACGAGCUAUAGCUCUGCAUGCGCCCUUCUUUCUCGAGAACUGGAUCCACGGGCCCGAGACAGAGACACGGUGGGGCGCUGAUACACUGCGCUUCGCGGGCAGCGCCUGAUCCAUGUUCAUGACCCGUUCGCUACAGUUGACUUUUGUUACGUUAACGCCUACUUGAUGUUUCGCAGCAUACUUUGUGAUCGAGGAAUUCGUAGUGAGCCACUGGACAUCGGGCUCACGCGGGCCGCACCACGAUUUUCAGGCAGCUAUGCGCCUCGUCGCCGACCAGUGCACGCUGCUUAAGCUGUUCGAGAUUUACAACUUCGAACUGAACUAAGCGGUUCGGUUUUGGUAUCUUGGUUUGGAGGAUGCAAAAUUGAAAUGUUUGCCCUUCAACUAAAACUUUUCUUUGGCUGAUAACUCGUGUUCUUCUGAGAAAUAAUUCAUUGUGGAAGUAAAUAAAGAGUAAUCUUAGUAUAGGAGAAUAUAACGCUUGCUUUUGGUGUC